CUCAAAGUUAGAUGCGCUUAGGGUUGUUUCUGCCAUCUCGAACUCUACUUUGUGACUCCCAACGGACCAGGAAAAUGUACGCGGCUGUUACGCUCUUCGUCUUCAUGUGCUUGACUGCCACCACCCAUGCAGAUCAUCACCAUCAGCCUUGUCAUGCACCCAAUAUGACAGGAUUCAUGUCUGUGAUAUCCCUAAAGGGUGAAAUGAAAGCAUAUGGAGCAUUCACCUAUGAUUCAAUGGGCAAGAAACUGCGAUUCAGAUCAAACGAGAGCCACCCCACAAACACAUCACUAGGUCUGGAUCUGCUGAUGUUUUUCGAUGAUGGAGUAUUCUACGAGAUUGACAGCAAAAACCAGAGCUGUGAGAAAAAAGCAUUGCAAUGCACCCAGCACCCCCUAGAUAUUCCCGAUGAUGCAACAUUUGUGGCUACGGUCAACUGUGGGAGUCCAUCCAUUGAAGGCGAGGGAUUGAAAGCCAAUGUAUGGACAGGAACAAUGUCAGACAAGAAAGGUCACUACUCCAUGAGUGUGACCAUGGGAUGUUUGCCUGUGUGCACACUGUACUUCCAGGAGUCCUCAUCAUUCAUUAUCAGCCUCACGGAGGUUGAAAUCGAGAUCAAGGAUCCUGACCUCCUCACCGUGCCCACCUUUUGUCUGGGACAGCCUCUGGAGGAGACACCUGAAGGGACGGUCCAUAGCUUCCUCAACGAGUUCAUGUAGAUGCAACCCUGCCAGCAGAAAA